AUGCCCAACUCUCCGCUUGAAAAGACUCACGAAACGCAGAGAGAUCCAUCGUUCACUCAAGCCAGGACACAGAUGGUCGUCAUGAACAAAGCGCGAGAGAUGACACUGAUAGCCGCUCUGUUCGUGCUCAGCUGCCUCCUCAAGACAACGACGAGCCCCGCCACCUCGGCCUACUCGGGCGCGUGGAGGCCGGCCUCCUCCUUACUCCACGAGCUCUGCCACCUCGGGGUCCGCCCGCUGAUCCGUGACGAUGCCGAGGCCACCGCGCUGGCGUCCGCCGACUUCGGCAACGUGUCGGAUGCGCAGCCGGCGGCGGCGGCCGUGCUCUACCCAUCGUGCCCCGAGGACAUCGCCUCGCUGCUCCGGGCCUCGUGCAUGCACCCCUCCCCGUUCCCCGUGUCUGCCCGGGGCUGCGGCCACUCGACCCGAGGGCAGGCGUCCGCACCCCGCGGCGUCGUCGUGGACAUGCUGUCGCUCGGGUGCCAAGUCGGCGGGUCUGCUACCCGCCUCUCCGUCUCGGUCGAUGGCCGCUACGUCGACGCCGGCGGCGAGCAGUUGUGGGUGGACGUGCUGCGUGCUGCCCUGGCACACGGCCUCACCCCGAGGUCGUGGACCGACUACCUCCACCUCACCGUCGGCGGGACGCUCUCCAACGCCGGCAUCAGUGGCCAGGCCUUCCGCCACGGCCCCCAGAUAUCCAACGUCCAAGAGCUCGACGUGAUCACCGGGCUCGGGGAGAUGGUGACAUGCUCAAAGGAGAAGCACGCGGACCUGUUCGACGCCGUGCUGGGUGGGCUGGGGCAGUUUGGCGUCAUAACGCGGGCGCGCAUCCCGCUGAUCCCGGCGCCGGCAAGGGCGCGCUGGGUGCGGCUCUUCUACACGGGGGCCGCGGCGCUCACGGGCGACCAGGAGCGGCUCAUCGGCGUCGACCUCGGCACCACUGUGUCCGGGCUCAUGGACUACGUCGAGGGCUCGGUGGUGCUCGCGGACCAGGGCCAGGUAGGGAGCUGGCGCUCGUCGUUCUUCUCGGAAGCCGACGCGGCGCGCAUCGCCGCGCUCGCUGAGGAGGCCGGCGGCGUCCUUUACUGCCUCGAGGGAUCGCUGUACUACGGCGGCGCUGCUCUCGCCGGCGAGUCUGACGUCGACAAGAGGCUGGAGGUGCUGCUGCGGGAGCUGCGGUACGCGCGUGGGUUCGCGUUCGUGCAGGACGUGUCGUACGCGGGGUUCCUUGACCGGGUGCGCGACGGCGAGCUCAAGCUCCGCGCCGCCGGCCUCUGGGACGUGCCUCACCCCUGGCUCAACCUCUUCCUCCCGCGCUCCCGCGUCCUCGACUUCGCCGACGGCGUCUUCCACGGCAUCCUCCGCCGCGACGGCAGCACCGGCCCCAUGGGCCCCAUCCUCGUCUACCCCUUGAACCGGGACAGGUGGGACGGCGACACGUCCGCAGUGUUCCCGGAGGAGGAGGAGGUGUUCUACACGGUUGGGAUCCUCCGGUCGGCGGUGUCCGAGGGCGACCUUGGGCGUCUGGAGGAGCAGAACGAGGAGAUCUUGCGCUUCUGCGAGGAGGCAGGGAUACCGUGCGUGCAGUACCUGCCGUACUACGCCGCCCAGGCCGGGUGGGAGAAGAAGCACUUUGGUCCGGCCAAGUGGGCCAGGUUAGUGGAGCGGAAGAGGAAGUAUGAUCCCAAGGCUAUCCUGUCCCGUGGCCAGAGAAUUUUCACCUCCCCGCUGGCUUGA